AUAUUUUUAAAAAAUGGAUAAUAUUUUAUCAAAGGACCAAAAAAUAGAAUAUAAUGCUAGGGUUGAAGAUAUAAUGUCAAGAAAAAUCAUUGGGGUUAAACCAACAGAUACAUUGAAACAUGUUUUAGAGAUAUUAAUUCGUGAAGGAUACAAGAGAUUACCGGUUGUAGACGAAAACUAUAAUCUUUUAGGUGUGGUCACUGAUAAAGAUUUAAGAUCCUAUUCAAAGAGUAUUUUUGAACACGAUCUAAAAGAUAUUUUAGACAGUUUAGAAUCCUACCAAGUAAAAGAUAUUUUAGUUGACCCAAUGUUGUAUAAAAAGGCACAUCACGGCGAAAGAGUAAUACAAUGCGCAAAAGAAAUGUUAGUACAUCAAAUAAAUGGUAUGCCUGUAGUAGAUGAAGAUGGUAAAUUAGAAGGUAUUGUUACAAGAUCAGACUUAUUGGAUCAGUUAAUUAGAAUAUUAGAACCUUUAAAUAUUAAAAAUAAUAAAGAAAAAGUGGAAUAAAUUUAUUUAUUUUUU